UUAUGACAUUCGCACGUCAUGUAAAUAAAGCGUAACAACCCCUCGGAAAAAAUCAUACGGGCGCACAUAGAGAAAAGACUGGAAUGUGGUUGGGGGGGACAGGAAAACCAUAGGGACCGACACCAGGUGUCGCACUGUCGCAUCUGUAUAAUUGGUGGGUUAGGUUAUAUUUUGUUGUUUGUUCAUGGUCUGGUUCAUCGCCGAUGCACAUAACACAACAAUGUAACUUGUGAUUAUACUGAUUUUUACGUUUGAUACACAUUUUAAAAAGUAGUUCGAAGCAGUUCAACAAAAUGGGGAGACGCAAAAAUGCCCCACGCCGAUCAGAGGGGGACAUUUGGAGUGCGCAUAAUUACAUACCAAUUGUAAAAAAGCAUAGAACGCUUAGAAAACAUGCUCCUCCUCAUAAGCUUAAGGUAGUCGGACCUACAGAAGAGUGCAAACAUCUUUUGCUAGGAAAGGUUAUGGUAGGUACCAGUAAUAACACAGUACCUACGACGUUUCAAGUUUGCAGAAUCUUGUUUAAAACAAGAUGUGAAGAGAAUGAAGCCAAUGAUCAAGAUACUAUAGUUCUUGAAUAUGAUGAAAAUACUCUUGUUGUCAUGAAAAGCUUAAUUGAAAUGGAGGUGUUGAAAGAUGUUGUUACAUCAAAGGUCUUAUCUCUCAGUUUCUGCAUUGAAGAUGAUAAAGCAUUUGCUUAUGUAUUUCUAAGAAAGCUGCCUUUGGCUUCAGUUCAUCAUAAAGCCUUAAAGUCCCUGAAGACUGUAUUCAAAUGGAUUUUUAAUAUCGAAACAGACAUCAGCAAAGAUAUUAAGGGAGACCUACAUGGUAGCUCAGAAAUAUCAACUUUAUAUAACAAAUUGGUCCAACUUAGAAGUGAAAAAUAUGAAUUUUGGCAACAAACAAAGUCAGAUUCUGAAAUUCAUCCUUUUUUAAAAGUGAGCUUAAGACCUUACCAAGUUGAGGCUGUUAGAUGGAUGCUCCAUAGAGAAAACAUAGACUUUAGUAAACUCCAUUCAGGGAAAAUACAUCCUUUAUACACUGCUGUUACACUGCCAUCUGGUUUACAAGUGUAUUUUGUUCCUUUUUCUGGCUAUGUGUCAAACACAUAUCCUCAAAUAGAGCCUUGUAUUAGAGGUGGAAUAUUGGCAGAUGAAAUGGGACUUGGAAAAACUGUCGAAGUAUUAGCCUGCAUACUUUUACAUCCAAAGGAUGAACAUGUUUUUCUGCAAGAUAAUGGUGAAAUGAAGCCUAUUAUUAUCAGUGCAAAACGAAAAAAAAUGAACAGUGAUAGGGAAGAAGAAACAUAUACUCAAGCAGAAGGUCCUCAAACCACCAAAAAAAUUAAGGAGAUACAAAGAAAUAUUAUGAAGGUCAAUCCAAAGAAAACAGCCACUAAAAUUGCUCUGGAAACAUGGUAUGCACUAGAAUUAGGUUUUGGAAAAAACUAUGGUCUUCCUAAGGAACCUCCCAUCCAAUGUGUAUGUGGCAGCAUUUUUGAUGAAGGAAUAGUUAAAUGUGAAUCUUGUGGAAAGAAGCAGCACAAACUUUGUUUGGGGUACAAUAAGAAACUAGGCGAGUACUUCUGCUCCCAGUGUUGGAUGAGCCAGCCUCUGAUAGAAAUAGGUGCUACACUAAUAGUCACCCCCUUGUCUUUGCGCAAACAGUGGAUUAGUGAAAUCAGGAGACAUAUAGGUGGUGGUAUAAAAGUGUUGCGGUACGAUGGUUGCAACAGUAUGGUUAUAUACCCGACAGAUUUAAAAAAUUAUGAUAUUGUAGUGACAACAUACAAUGUUUUGCAGUCAGAAUUGAGACUGACAGAACAAUCAAAUAUCGUGAACUUGAGAAGAGAAAGGAAGUAUUCACCACUAGGAUGCCCAUUAACCAGAGUGAAAUGGUGGCGAAUUUGCUUAGACGAAGCUCAAACGGUAGACGCGCCCAAAAAAAUGGUCUCGGAGAUGGCGAGAAAAAUAUGUGCUGAAUACAGGUGGGCUGUUACCGGUACACCAAUCAAUAAAAACAUUUCAGAUUUACAUGGUUUAGUUGACUACUUGCAAAUUACCCCUUACGAUGACCUGGAGACGUGGAAAAAUAUUUUAUAUGUACCAUACAUGUCUGGUGACGAAAAACCGAUGUUGGAUUUUUUAUCGGACGUUUUAUGGAGGUCGUCAAAGGCAGAUGUUUAUGAUCAGAUAAAUAUUCCAAAACAAACGUUCAAGCAACAUUUUUUGGAGUUCUCUGCUGUUGAAAAGUUCUUUUACAAGAGAGAACACGAGCUUAGUUGCAAUGACUUCUUACGUAAAGUGAGAAACCGUGAUCCAUCCCUACUGCUGGAAAGAAUUGAAAAGACUACUUUGAAUUCCAUCCUGGCCCCUUUAUUGAGUUUGAGACAUGCGUGUACCCAUCCAAACACAUCUAGAGGCCGGUACUUAGCAACCAAGAAGCAAUUAACUUCCAUGCAAGAUCUACUGGAAGCUCUGAUCCAGAAAAAUAUAUCUGAUAGUGAAGAAUGCCUACGAUUAAUAAUUUCUUCCCUAAAUGGUCUCGCAGGUAUACAUUUGCUGCAAGGUAAACACCGAGAAGCAAUAGGAUACUACAGGGACGUCCUACAGUUAAGAGCAACGUUUUCCGAUGGUAGGGCAGGUACUAAACUGCCUGUAGAUAAAUUACAGCUGGUCCAUACGAUGCACAACCUGGCAGAAGUAUUAGAGCAGCAUCCUCCUAAACAGCCGACACUUAGAGAUGAGCUUUUGAGAAAAGACUGUAUCGAGGUGGAACAUAAAUAUAUGGAAAAGUUUAUCAAUGAGGCCUCAGAAGCUUAUAGAACCUGUAAGGAUUACGUCAGCAAAAUAGAAGACUUGGAAAAUAAAUUAAUUUUGAAAUAUGGUCAGUGGUACUCAGAUGGCCUGGAUUGGAUCCUGAUUAAUGAUCACUUUAAUGAGUUUCUCACUAAGAUACAAGUAGCGUGUAACAAUGCAAAUAUUAAGUUGAACUUAACAAGUACCAGUGAGAGAAAUAUAAUGAGAACUAUUUACGAAUGGAACGAAGGUAUUGUUAGCUGUAGGAAUAAACUACUGGAGAGCUUGAACCGGUUAUAUGACGUGUCUGAGGAAGACAGGAUACGAGUUUUGGCCAAGGGAUCACUAGUGAAUUCUGCCAUGAACUGUCACUUGAGGCCUCAGAAUAAGCAGCAAAAGGUUAAAAAAUGUCCUGUUUGCCUGGCCAAUAUCAGAUUAAAGCAGUAUGAAGGAAAACUGUUUAAUAUGGAAAAAAGAAAGAAAAACUUUGAGGAUAUGUCAUUGAUGGGUAGUUGGAAACCGUCUAUGGAAGAGCUAAUUUGCAAAACACUGUGCAGUAUUUUGAAAAUUAAGCAUUCCUCUCCAGAAUUGUAUAAAGAUGGAGAAACUCACAUGAAUGUUCUAGAAACAAUGAAAAAGGAGUUCAAGGAAGUCCGUCACUUUUGGACAUUGUUGGAUCAACAGAUAUGCGCAGAAGAUGAGCUGGAUAUCUGCAAAUUGAGACUACAAUUAAAAGAAGUGGAAGAUAGUGAUGAAGGUAUACACAGUAAAAAUGAGACACACGCCAGGAUAUUAAAAAGUCUCACUUAUACCAUGGAAAAUAAAAAUGAGAAUAUGCAUCUACUCACUGUUCAUGAGCUGGAUUAUCAAAACUCAUAUUUAAACAAAGAAUUGGAAAUUAACAAAGUACUGUUGGAGAGACUAUUAGGUACCCAAAAUUAUCUAGAAACGCUUCGAAAACAGCAGUAUGAAGGUCAAAAUCCAGACCCCUGUCCAAUUUGCAAGAAUGUGCUGGAAAAUCAUUGGAGCAUCCUACUUUGUGGGCACAGUUUCUGUUUGGAGUGCAUACAAGUUCUUCUAGAAAAUAAAAAACUGUAGGGAAUGUGCAACGACAAUACAUGGUUACUUUUAGCUCAAUAUACGAGAUACAGCAAUUUCUAAAUAUGUUUCUCUGGAUAGAAGCCAAGCCAAACGAAGAGCGUUCCGCGCAUAGGCGUGAUAAAUAAUGGAACUAGUUUAUCGCAUGCUAGGCGGCGCUAGUGUAGUUGGAGGUCACUGUAUAUAGGGAAAAAGGCGGUCUGUAUAGAAGCGCGUAUUUCUAGUGACUUUAUAACGUUUUGACGUCUAUUGCCACACAAAAAGACCACAUUCAAUGUUCAAUAUGUCGCAAUAAACAAAAAUACCAAGACAUAUCAUAUAUCAAAGCUGGUCACACAGUGAUGGACGGUGAUUGUCUGAAUAUUAAAGGCAACUACUCCACCAAAAUUGAGGCAGUGAUAAAAUUACUGAUGGAGCUGAAAGAGGAAAAUCCAGUUCCCAAGGUACUGUUGUUUUCUUCAUGGCACUCUGUACUGAAGAAUAUUAAAGAGGCGCUGGAUAAGAACGAAAUCACCUCAGAGCUGAUUAGCGCCAGCAGCCACUUCGAAAUGAAAAUUGAGAAUUUCAAGGAUCCCAAAAAUAACAUAAUGGCGUUAUUGUUGCCAAUUAGCUCAGGAUCGAAGGGUCUGAACCUAAUUGAAGCGACGCAUGUAGUCCUUAUCGAACCUCCUUUAAAUCCGAGUGACGAAUUACAAGCUAUCGGCAGAGUACACCGUAUAGGACAAACGAAGCCAACUUUCGUACAUAAGCUAAUCAUCAAAAAUACAAUUGAAGACAGCAUAUACCAAGCAACAACUUCAAAUGCCCAAAACUGGGAAAGGGCCAAAGUUACGUUACAGCAUCUAAUUGACCUAUUCAAAAACAUUAAUGUUCCCGAAGGUAUGUCAUCACAUUCCCAAGAAGAUACACUGAAUACUACUGAAGCAGGAUCCACAAUAUCAGAAGAUUUUGCACAAGCCGAUUCACCUUUUUCAAACCACACAGAAAUAACGAAUUCUAUAAUGUUGGAUGAAGAUAUAUAUUUAUCACAGGAACCUCAUAUGACAGCUGAUUCUGACAUACAUAUCUCAACAGUUUGAAAUCAAAAUGUAGAGCAUUCUAUUUUAAAAAACUAUGUUUGGGUUAUAACAUUAAUUAACAUAUUCCACCAGCAUGUGGUCACGAAUCACUCUGUGGGGACAAACAUAUUUUCCAAGUCAAAGUCAUGCUGUUGGUUACAAUUUUUGUAUUCAACUUUUUAGACCAUGUGUAAUAACUGUUGUCUACCAAGCACGCACUAAGAACUCAUCCUGUAUAUCAGGUAGAAAAUGACCCGCUUAGAGUUAAUAGGUUACAUGUGAGAAAUUGAACAAAAAAAGAACGCCGUGCUUCAAAGCUUAGUGUAUUAGUAAGGUGAAAUUUCAAUCAUUAAGGUGAAAUUCCAAUCGUUUGGGUAUUCAUGAAAAGCAGAUUUUCGUAAAAUAGGGAACCUCUCAACUCUAGGCAGGCAUGCUUUGGAAUGCUUAAAUUAUUAUUGUCACUGUUUACCAUUUUUAUCAAUAAUGACUAUUGGCCCUGACGCUUUUUGUGAGUUGAAGGGCAGAAUGGGCAGGAAUUGGAACGGCAUUACAUUAUGAUAUUAUAGAUCUUCUUGUAGGUACAGUAGGCAUCCUAAAGAAUAAAGGAAGUGCUUUAAAUCUAAAGUUGACCUUAAAAUACCCAUAUCGAGUAAAAUCGUAAACUCAUCGGACGGCAACACCACACCACUGGAGUUUAUAACCCCCUGAAUUUUUAAAUUCUCUUACCAACAGAAAGAUAAGCCUUUUUCUCCAGCCUGCUGACUGUAUACCUUGAAAAUACAGGACUGGCGAACUUAGGUCGACAAAAUAAUAAUUCUAAAAAGUUUAAUGGCCCAAAUCGUCAUACACACAGAAAGAACACAUCCAAAUACCAGAAUGAGGCUUUCUCGUAAAAUCAGUCAAUGUCAAGCCAGCAAUAGUAAAGGCUACUGCACAAUUGCCCGGGAACGGGAACGAGAACGGAAACGAGAGAAAAGUUCAAUUACAUAUUAUCCAAUACAUAAAUCAAAUUCAAGCGGAUAACCAAAUGGAAAUGGUAUAUCAGUUUGGUUAUAAGAUCCGUGACGUCACGAAUCAGC